UAAGCUAAUUUUGAGUGCCGGUUUGCGGGUAAAUUCACAUUAUCUGGCGGUUAACGGUUAAGUAAUUAUCGUACAGUUGCGGGAAAUCAUAAAUUGAGCUCGCGGUUUCGGUUUAUGCGUGGUUUUUUUUUUUUUUUUUUUUUUUUUCUUUUUUUUUUUUUCGGUGGCGGUCUGUUAAAGGUAAAUGUACAUUUCACAAGCUUGUUUGAAAGACCACACAAGCACAAACACACCCAGGACUCAAACCUUGUACUUCUAGGCUUCGUUAUAAACAUCGCAUCGGAAAAGCCCGUCGGACAUCAAAACGCUUUGUUUGCUGGUUACUGAAGGGAGUUACAAACAAUUUGUUCUGUUCUUAAUAAUCUUGUGGUCUUUGCGAGGAGAAAUAAGAUUAAUUAUUGAGCUAACAUAUCGUAAAAAAUUUGUUACGUACCAUUAAAAGAUCGGUUCUGAUGAUUAUGUCCUACUAGUAGGGAGGUUUCGGUUUUUAGCAGAAAACGAAAAUGGUCUGCUGUUUCGAAGGAACAAAAUAUGGUGGUUUGCAGAAUGUUCAACUCUCUGUAAUAGAGCCUCUUGUAAUGACUCGGCCGAGGGUAUUCGUUGCUAUGAACCACUUUCAACUGUCUGAACAUCGUUUAUGCUACCGCUGACGUCAUUUGCUACUGAUCAAUUUAUUAAAAAUACUAUAAUCAAUUCCAUGAAACAGCGACUAUAAUCAAUUCAUUAAAAACAGGUACACAAGUGUACAUGUGGUCACUGCUGUGUACGAGAAGUACGAAGGCCGCUCAUGAGAUUUUAGGUGAAAAUUUCAUAAAAGGUGCGUUUCUUUAAGAAAAUCCAAGAUUGGAUUCUUAAAUCCGUAAACGGAUUUUGCGUUUCUUUACUUAACAGAUUAACGCAAGAUCAAUCGGAUCAUGGUGCAUCAAAGGAACCGAAGAAUCCUUGCCUGGAGUGGAUUCUUCGGUUCCUUUGACGCACCAAGAUCCGAGAGAUUAAAGAAACGCACCCAAAGACUUCACACCAAAGAGAUCAUUUACCGAGAUAACUACUUAUCAACGACUAUAAGAUCAUUUUCAAAAUAUGAAAUUACAUGUGUCAAAAAAAAAAAUCUACCAAAAUAUAGAUUUUGACAAGUUUAUAGAGAGAAAGAGUGGAAGAGACGAUUUUUCGCUUUUUGUUUUUGUUUCGUUUUGUUUGUUUUCUUGCAGUUUUCUUACAUAAUUUUUCAUGAAUGCGAGAGCGGCUAGUAACCUGCGCAGUUUAUUCGGGAACAAUAUAAAAGUAAAUGUAAACAACUUCAAAUAAUUGCACUCCAAGCACAAAUAACAGUCUUGCUCCAACUACGCUAACCUUAAUGCUACUUUUCGUCAGGAUGAGAGGAAACUGUGUACCCAUGGUGCUCCGCCGAGCAUUGGAGCUUACUUCAUUCAUUUGCUUUGCUUCCCUGCUCAUCUUCACUAUAAGAGAUAAUUUGCACUUUAAUCUAAGGAUAUCGGAUUCCGUCAACAAACAUCUGCCAAGAUCAUCGUGCAACGUGGAACUCGAAAUCGGAGAAAUGUGCCCGAAGCUGUACACAGACCUGGGAGGCAGGUGCGAGCUCGACAGCAGCGGGUUCCAUUGUCCUGACAUUCGACACAUGGCUGAUACGUCAAUGAGGCAGUCCCAGCUUGUGAUGACCCGGAUGUUGCAGAUUUUCCAUCUCAUAGCCACAAGACACAACAUACGGUACUGGCUAAGUUCCGGCACGCUCUUAGGCGCUGCAAGACACAAAGGUUUCAUUCCCUGGGACCACGAUGUCGACAUAGAAAUGCCUCUGCAGGAUUACAUCAAGUUUUACAAAGUCGGAAGCAAAGAACUUCCGAACGACAUCUUUUUUCAGAAUUCUGAGACAGACGUUUAUUUAAAAUUGGCCAAACCCGAAGAUCUCGUCCUCCCGUUUCACCACGAAAUAGGUUAUUACACAAGCCCACUUAACCACCGCUUGAGGGACAGAGCCAGUUGCUAUGGUUACUGUCUAUUGUACGACUGUGAGUGGCACGACGGUCUUAUGAUAGACUUGUUCGUGAGCGAAAAGGAAACAAACGACGUGUUUCCAUUGGGAGAAAUGGAGUUCGAGGGUUUUGUAUUUCCAGUUCCAAAGAACUGGAGUGGGAUUUUAAAGGAAACAUACGGUAACGAUGCGUUAGAAAUACCUAGGGACGUGACGGGACGAGAGCCCUUCAUACUACCAUACCCGAGGAAAACCUGCAAGAAAUUAACCAUAGAAACCGAUAAUCUGGACUGAAUGAAGAAAAUCGUCUAUCUCCAACUGCUUCCACUAGUGAAUGCAGUCAAGUGAUUUCAUGUUAUGUGUUCACACCAACAUGCCAGCACUGUUUAGUUGACGGCACGCUAUUAAUCAUAACUCUUACAACCGAAUAUCUGUAUUGACGAAAAAAAAAAAAAA